AUGGGCGAGGACGGCAUAAAACUGCUUCAGCAGAGGCUGGCCGAACGAACCCGCGAACAUAAAGCAACGCGAGAAGCAGCCCUAGAGAGCAAAUUUCGUAAGCUGCCUGCUCCAAUGUCAUCCAAGAACGACAAACUGGUGCACAACUUGUCGUCAAAGGAGCUGACGGAGGAACAAAUGCAGGUUUUACGGCAUGAGGCCUCAUUCAACACAGCCGAUGCCAAACCUGCCAACAUGAUCGCAGCAGUGGAAUCAAUCCUCAGCCAGACGGGAGCGACAGACGAAACGAAGAACCUAAUUCGACACCAAGUGUCCUCCCUCCUCAUGGCUCAUAGGCCGCGCGAUGUGCUUUCCAAGGUCGAGCGCGAUGCACUUAAGGAACUCAGGGCCGAUAACGACCUCGUUAUCGUGCCUGCGGACAAGGGGCGUUCAACGGUCGUAUUGGACAGGACAGACUACAAUCAAAAAGCCAAAAGCUUGUUGGAGGAUCGUCAGUCCUAUGUCCCAUGCGAAUUCAACCCCAUGAAAACGCUGACACGCGAGAUUAACGCGACGCUGUUGGCAAUGGAGAACUCAGGUGCAAUAUCGCCCAUCGACCGACGCAUGGCGAGAGCACAAGAAACGGCCCCAGCCCGAUUCUACGGUCUCCCAAAAGUGCACAAGGAGGGCGCUCCUCUCCGGCCUAUCGUAUCACUAAAGGGCACUCCAACCUACGGACUGGCAAAGUGGCUGUUCCAACGUCUCAAGUUUCUGACCUCCGAUUCAAACACCACAGUCAGCUCGUCAACGCAAUUCUUGGAGAAACUUAACGGAGUAAGUCUCCUGCCAAGCGAUAUCAUGGUUUCCUUUGAUGUCACUUCCCUUUUUACUUCUAUCCCGCAGGACCUGGCAGUCGAGACAAUCGAACUACUCCUACGAGAGAAGUACGACGAAACGGAGAAUCGUCUCGGACACGCCCAAAUCAUCCAGCUCCUGAAGUUCUGUCUCAAGACGUACUUUACAUUCGACGGAACAAUCUACGAGCAGGUGAAGGGAACGCCAAUGGGUUCGCCGAUUUCGGGACUCAUAGCCGAGGCGGUCCUUCAACGGCUGGAGUCGCUGGUUUUCCGACACCACAGACCGAAAUUCUGGGCUCGGUGUGUGGAUGACACCUUCGUCGUCAUCGAACGGGAUCAGGUGCUGACUUUCAAAGAACAACUCAACGCCGUCUUCCCGGACAUUCGAUUUACGAUGGAGGAGGAGGAUGAGGAGGAGGAGGAGGAGGAGGAGGAGGAGGAGGAGGAAAACAAUCAGCUGGCCUUCCUGGAUGUCCUCGUCUGCCGCAAAGAUUGUGCUGGCCUAAAAACCAAAGUGUUCAGGAAAGCGACAAAUACGAUGCAAAUACUGAACUUCAAUAGCAACCACCCGAUCAUUCACAAACGCAGUUGCGUAAGGGCGCUAUACCGGCGUGUUGAGACGCACUGCAGUGAAAUGGAAGACAAGGUUGCUGAAUUACAAUAUCUUCGACGGGUAAUGAGAGCCAAUGGCUACCCGCGCAACUUUGUCAACCAAUGCAUACGAAAAGGACACCAGAGACCAAAUCCAACUAGCCCUAAAUUUUGGCGGGCUCUUCCGUACGUGAAGAACGUCUCGGAAGCCGUCAGUCGUCUUCUCACUCCACUUGGAGUUGGGGUUGCACACAGGCCGGAAGCAACCAUUAGGCGCCAAGUAAUGAGGCCAAAAAACCCGCUGCCAUGGCAGGAAACGUCUGGAGUCGUUUACCGGAUCUGGUGUAGUUGCGUACAAAGCAAUUAUGUCGGAGAAACUGGGAGAUUUCUCCGUACGCGACUUGCCGAGCUCGCAGCAGCAGUAAGGCGGGGAGACGCUAACUUUCAGGUGGCGGCACACUCGACGGGACCCGGCCAUAUUUUCAAAUUUCAAGAGGCCGAAAUCCUCGCAAGUGGUGACAACCGCGUGAGCCGCCAGCUGCUCGAGUCAUGGUUCUCAGGCCCGCAAUCCAUCAACAAACACAAUGACCUCCCGGUGGCCUAUUCCGUAUUGCGAUUUUCCCUGGGCAGGAGAAUCAGUCACGUGGGGAAGGCGCGGGCGAGCAAUUAUCGCGGUGACAGUGAGCCAGUUUGCCGAGCAAUCGUCACACUAGCAUCCAGCACGGAUGACGAAAUCGCGGCAACUAACAACUCGGACUCGGACCGCCAAGCCACCGCCGCAUCAAUUACGACCCCAGCGGCGAUUGUGAGAACUGUUAAUUGCAGUGCGCAUACGGUCCCACGGCAGCCACGUGCUAUAAAUACUGCACUCCUGGUGCCACCUUCACCUCUAUCUGCGAAUGUCUCUGAUGAUGGAUUCGAGUGAGAAUCCGAAACGUCAGGCAAAUAAACUUCUUGUCCCAGUGAUCGCAUCUUAAUCUUCUGGAGAAUGGAUUUUUGACGUUGACAAAGAGCUCAAAAACCAACGGCUUCUCACAGGUUAGAUGCCAGCUUCUACGCCGAAAUCACGCCCAUACCCCAAGAAAGGCUUGCAAUGUCUUUGAUGGUGUAUGGCGGACAUAUUUCACUUGGGGCUACCGGAACAGGGUCAGCCCGUGACAGCAGGCGCCUGUUGUCAAGUUUUAAAAAUGUCAAUAAUGCAAAAACUAAGCUCUCAGAAUCGUUUGGAGCACAAUGUACUUCCUUUUUUAAAGAAGGCACUGAGAACCCAGCUCCUUGAUGGACAAUAGUGACUUGUAUCGAUGGUAAUGACAUAAAUAAGUAAAAAUUAAAAAAAUUUCCGACAAACGUUCUUCUUAUCAUUUGUUAAAAAACGAUACCAAGUAACACCGCUCCUGGUAUAGUUAAUAAAUGUUAAACAAAAUGCCUAUCACAUAUGAGGAACCGCCGACGUUAUGGAACAUUUUUUUAGAGAACAUGAAAAUACUCAUAGGGUUUCUGCGCAAUAAGCGCUUUUGAAAGGUGCUUAAAAAUAAGCUGAGCGAAAAGUUGGUAUUAUAAUCCCACACGACCUGGUCAAGGUAAAAUUUCAAGAUAAUAAGUCUAGUAGCGUCAUCUGAGUUAUGCAUCACAUAUGAGAAUUCGUGUAAAGAUUUCUAAAAUUGCGGAAUUUGCACUUGCGCCUACUCUUGGAGUCAAGCACCCACCUGCCCCCUCCUAUGCAAGUGUAAAGUGAGCGUCUCGGCUCCUUCUGCAUGCGGCUCCCCUGCUGCAUGCGUGGCAGGAGUCUGAAACGAGGACGGUGCGUCGAGCGCCGCAGCACGGAAGUCAGCCGACUGACGUCCCAACUCAGUCAACACAGUCUGUCCAGUUGUGUUUGUUGUGUUGAGUGGCGUACUGAUGGGCAAAGAGACAGGUUGUCACGAGACCUUCUCAAGCGAUCUGUGACACUCUUGUAUGUGGGGAAAGUAUUUGUGUGUGUGUGUGUGUUGUGCCCUCCCAGCGGGCCACAUUUUAGAUGCGCUGGACCAACACGGGGGCCACAUCGGACUCUGGCAGGCGUUAUCUGUCCGCAAUAAAAAAUGCCAACAUUUGCGGGGUGCGCUGGCGGACCCUGUUGUCGGCAUUCGUCGCACAACCAGACCACCGCCAGCACCCCAUUGUUUUGUGGUCAAAAUCCUGGUCAUUUGUGUGUGGAGCAGGGGGUGCGGACUGGAGCGCUAAGGCGAGGAUCCGUCCGAGACAUCCACCUGCGGCCUUCCUCGUCUCCGGUCUUCUUGACUCUGUCUUGACACCGGGCUCAGGCGGGGGAGGAGGAGAGAGUGUAGGUAGAUGCUACGCAAGUCUACUGGCACUAUAAACCCCUGCGCAAGUCACCGUCCCUGCUACCACCGCUGCUGCAGCUGUGGGGCACACGGUGGACAUCAUCGAGAUCGAUGGUCGAACUGUCGUGUGUGUGUGUGUGUGCGUGUGUGUGUGUGGGGUGUAGGGGUGUCAGCGGUGGGUUCACGUGAAGGUCGUAGUGGUCGCUCACUUGUUUGCUGGUGAGACUACGCCUAGCGUCCACUUGCUGGCACCCAACUCCCACCUGUGGCUUCAAGUAGCUGGGCUCUGCUCAGCGGCCACACCCCGGGCAACCGCCUCGACCGGUGGGCUAAACCAGGUGAGGGUGGUUACUCCCUGUGCGCGUUGUGCCGCGUGCACAGGUGACUGCGGACUCCGUGGACGGUUGGUCGGAUGGAACACCGCGUCGGCGCCGUCGUGACGAGGCUCUGUCUGGCACACCAAUGGUCAGCCGGUUGGUGGUGGAUCGUCGCAUCGGCAUCGUCGAGACGAGGCUCCGCCUGGUACGCCGUGGAUCAGCCGGUGGGAUGGAUCUCCGAAUUGGCAUUGUCGACACGCGCCCAUCUGGUGCACCGUAG